UUAGUCGCCCUGUGUUGUCCUUCCUCUCUUCAACGCGGAACUAAACUCAGGAGUGAAACAUGUCUGCUUCUGGUAGCGCUUACAAACCCGUGAGCCAUGUCAUUUUCGAUAUGGACGGACUCUUAUUAGACACAGAGCGUCUUUACACCGUGUCCUUCCAGGAAAUCUGCGACCGCUUCGGGAAGGAGUACACGUGGGACGUGAAGGCAUCGGUGAUGGGGAGAAAGGCCCUGGACGCUGCCCGAAGGAUCCGGGACGCCCUGGAGCUCCCCAUGACAGCCGAGGAGCUCAUGGCCGAGAGCCGACUAAUCCAAGACAGGAUCUUUCCCUCCGCCCAACUCAUGCCAGGUGUGGAGAAACUGGUGUGCCAUCUCCAGAAGCAUGGCAUCCCCAUCGCCGUGGCAACCAGCUCCGCCGGCGCCACCUUCCAGCUGAAGACGAGCCGGCACCAGUUUUUCGCUCGAUUCAACCACAUUGUUCUGGGCGAUGACCCUGAAGUGAAGAACAGCAAACCUCAACCCGACUCCUUCCUGGUCUGCGCCAGCAGAUUCAACCCUCCGGCUUCUCCAGCCAAGUGCUUAGUGUUCGAAGACGCCCCCAACGGCGUGAAGGCGGCGCUGGCCGCGGGGAUGCAGGCAGUUAUGAUUCCCGACGACAACCUGGACCCCGGCCUCUCCCGGGGGGCCACGCUGAGACUCGGGAGCAUGGAUGAGUUUGAGCCGCAGCUCUUUGGCCUGCCGGCGUUCGACUGAGCCAGGGUCUGGAUCCGAUCAGAGGAAACAUUGGUGGAUCAGAUGGAUCACCGGUCAAACCCCAACAUUUUCCAUGGGGACAUUGAUGUUUUUUUGUUGUUGUUGCCAAUCGGUUAAAUAAAGAUGUUUUCUGUCAGAUGAGACGUCACAACAAUGAGCAAACUCUUUCUGCUAAACUCUGGUGUGCAGGUCAUUGGGCUUUUUUUCAGAUAUUUGCCUCCUGAACAGUCAUCCUGAUAGGGGAUAGAAAAGCAAUUCCAUUCUGGUGUUCAAUAAUUCUAAAACUAGUUUGAUUCUUAUAUAUACUGUAUAUGUAUAUAGGUUUAUGCCAUGUGUAUUUCAAUCAAGAUACAUUCUUUGGCAGGACGUUCUAGAACACACACACUGUCAAUCAUAAAUCUGUCCCUAUUCCACAUUGUGUUCCGGCGGUCUUACUGUAAUACUAAAAACUGCUCCCGGAGCAGAGUCUCCCCUCAAGCUGCUACAAUAGGAUUUCAGUACACUCCCAUUUCCACUUCCCCUUCACGGGCUUUUCAUCUUCAAGGAGGGCGGGAAGUCUCUUCAACCCCCCCCUCACUCCCUCACUGAGUGGUUCCAUUUGUCUCUAUCGUGGCCUCAAACAUAGUUUAUUUGCGUCCUUGUGUUUGCCUUAAGUCUCAUCACAGAGUGAUUGCAGUGUGGAAAUGGACGACUACUAUGUUUUCAUAUAGAUUUUAAAGACGCCUCAGAUUCCAAAAAGAUUCCGUCCACAGUGUAACAACACUUUUUCAGAUGUAAAAAUGUGUCACAAAAGAAGAAAUCUAUCAAAUAUGCCAAGUGUAUUGUUUGCAAUUUUUCAUUCUUAAUUCAUUUUCAUUUAGUAUUUUUAUUUCAAUUUCAAGCAAGAUAUAGGUAACAUACAGGCGUAUUGCAUAUGAAUUCCUUCACAUUUUCAGAGAACCUACCCAUGUAUAGCAUGCAUUCUCAAUCAGCAUGCAUGUGGCCACUAUGGCUCAACAUCAAAGACCCUGAUUUUACAGAAAAAGGGUGAGAUGAAAGAAAAAAUGGAUUUGUGGAAAAAAAUGUAUCUGCAUCCAACGGUUGACGUCUUAUGUACUCAUUUUAUUGUUAUCUGAAUACAGUUCUUCCGCUUUGUUUGAUAGGUGCAACACACGCUAGACCAGCUACAACAUUCUGUAGACUAGAGAAGGACAGACUUCUUCCUUGGGGUGGGGGAAAGGUUUCAACACUUUAAAACAUUACCAUUAAAUUCUGGCCUCAAGAUGGGCUCCUCUAGCAUCAGUCAGUGGCACCUUGCUUUGAGCUAGGAUGCUAUUUGCUCCCCUUGAGUAUCAGUCAGUGGCCCCUGGAUUUUAGCUGGGACGCUAUCGGCUCCCCUCUAGCAUCAGUCAGUGACCCCUGACUUUAAGCUGGCACGCCAUCACCCCCCCCCCCCCCCCCCGAAGUGACAACAACUCACUUUCCGCCCUUACAUGCAUAUAGAGUUUUU